UUCUAGUAUCUGCAUGUGUGUGUACUGGCUUCUAUGGUAGCAUUGGUGGGCAUGGCAGCAUACUGGAGGUUGUUGAGUUUGUGCGAGGUGUAGGUCCUUGCCUGCGGCUGUGAACCUCUCCCACCUGGUGGCUGCCGCAGUCUUCAGUUGGUAUGGAGACCGCAGGUGCGACGCUCCUAGACUGUGUGUGUGUGUGCCGCUAGUUUCAUCCCAUGACGCUUGUUUCCCAGCGUGUGUUAACCGCUAGUCUGCUAGCGUGUGUUUUCCGCUAGUUCCUUAUAAGUUACGCUGGAUGCAUGUGUGUUAGGUUAGUUGCGUGUGGGUGUGUAGCUGUAAGAUCCAGAGGUGAGGUGUUUUAGUAGCGGGUGUGUGUGUGUUGUGAUGAUGAUGGUGGAGGCAGGAGCUUGCUCGCUGCUAAUCUUCAGAUUCUCACUGCUGGAGGUUUCCAGGAGCAACAGGGAGGCGCGGGAUUCAUUCUGCGAGUGAGGCGAGGGGUGUGUGUCUCCUUAAUUACAUCUGUUGCCCUGCUCAACUAGUAAUAAAUAGCCAUCGAUUGUUGUGGGUGGCAUCCUGGGCAGGGUGAUACGUAUGGGUAAGUCACCUUACACCUGCUGCCACUGUUCACCUAGCAGUAAAUAGGUACCUGGGUGUUAGUUGACUGUCGUGGGUGGUAUUCUGAGAGAACCUGAGGACCACAACAGAAGUCACACUGCCUGGCUUUCCUGGGUCAUCCUGGGUUACUAACCCUCCAGUGUUAAGAGUGUUGGUGUUUAAAGUGUGAUGUAAGGAAGCCUCAUGCCUAGCCGUGGGUUCUUCUCACGGGCGGUGCACUCUGGCACCUCAGUGAAGCCUGGACCCUCAUCCCUCCCCCCGGGCACUGUGCCCCACCCCAUAUACCCAACCCCACAGGCCAAAAAUGGGUGGUGGGGCGUGCCCCCCUGGUUACACAGAGGGAACAAGGGCCUUCCUAGGCAUAACUCUGGCCCCAUCCCUCAGGUUUCACCGUCAGGGCCGUCUUCAUUCCCCGCUGCUAUCAUUGGCACUCUGCCGGGCAGCCUUCCUGGCCUGCCAGACCAUGGUAGUCAUACCAGCACGCUACCAGGACGAACCAGCCACCACCCUUACUACCACCACACCCCUUAUCAUCUGGAACCAAAACAUAUUAGUAAUCUAGAGCUGAAAAAUGCUCAUGUUGAUCGUAGAAAACACAGUCAGCACAAUGUUAGGAGUCAGCAGGAGCAACAGCCGCAGCAACAGCAGCUGCAACAACAGCAGUUACAACAACUACAGCAGAAACAAGAGCCUCAGCAACAACAGAAACAGCAGAAACAACAGCAAAAACAGCAGAAGUAUCAGCAGCAGCAAGCGUGUUCUCGUACACAGACUGUUUUACAACCUCGGCCAUCAUCAGUACUGGAGCUUCGGUCCUCGUCAUCAGUGGGGUAUAGACCUCCAUCAGCAAUGGGAUCUCGCUCCCCAUCGGUGUUAGAAUCCCCGCCAUCAUCCCCAUUCGAAUGUCCGCCAGCUUCAUCAAUGAGUUCUCGCUCCUCAUUGAUACUGGGGUCACGAUCAUCAUCUAUUUCAGUGUCUGGGUCAUCAACCGUGCUUGGGUCCCGACCCAACACGCCUCAUGACCCAUUGAUGCUGGGGCCACGAUCGUCAUCUGUUUCAGUGUCUGGGUCAUCAACCGUGCUCGAGUCCCGACCCAACACGCCUCAUGACCCGUUGAUACUCGGGUCCCGAUCAUCUGUUUCAAUGUCUGGGUCAUCAACCAUACUUAGCUCCCGACCCAACACGCCUCAUGACCCAUUGAUGACUAAUGGGUGUGAAAAUAGUCCACAGUCGCUACCAUGCAGCUGGUCUGGACCCUUACAUCAAGAAACACACUACCAUCUCUCUCCAACACAAAAUAAACACCAGGAAAGAGACUGCAACACAAGUGCUUCUCUAAAUCAGCUGAAGGUAGAUCCGGAGCUCAUUUUCACUAAACAAGAAAGAAUCGGCAAGGGUUCCUUCGGCGAAGUAUUCAAGGGAGUGGACAAGCGGACGACACAGGUUGUCGCUAUAAAGAUCAUUGACCUGGAGGAAGCUGAGGAUGAGAUAGAGGAUAUACAGCAGGAGAUCAUGGUUCUCUCUCAGUGUGACUCCCCUUAUGUUACCAAGUAUUAUGGAUCUUAUCUUAAAGGUACCAAAUUAUGGAUUAUAAUGGAAUAUCUCGGAGGCGGAUCGGCACUGGAUUUAAUGAAGGCCGGAAGUUUUGAAGAAAUGCACAUCGCUGUUAUCCUGCGUGAAGUCAUUAAAGGUCUUGAUUAUCUUCACUCAGAGAGGAAACUUCACCGUGAUAUUAAAGCUGCCAAUGUGUUGUUGAGCGAGAUGGGAGACGUGAAGCUGGCAGAUUUUGGUGUGGCCGGACAGCUGACCAACACAACCAGCAAAAGAAAUACUUUCGUGGGGACUCCCUUCUGGAUGGCACCGGAGGUCAUCAAGCAGUCUGCGUAUGACUCUAAGGCAGACAUCUGGUCACUUGGGAUAACUGCAAUUGAACUUGCUAAAGGAGAGCCGCCCAACAGUGACCUUCACCCUAUGCGAGUUCUCUUCCUUAUACCCAAGAAUAAUCCUCCACAACUUACUGGCAACUAUAGCAAACCUUUCAAGGAGUUUGUAGAAGCCUGUUUAAAUAAGGAUCCUGAAAACAGACCAACUGCCAAAGAAUUGCUCAAGUUUCCAUUCAUCCGUAAGGCAAAAAAGAAUGCAUACCUGAUGGACCUGAUAGACAGGUACAAGUCCUACAAGAAGAAUUGCACCGACACCGACACUGACUCAGAUCCAUCAGAUUCUGAGGACAGCAGAGUUGAAAGUGAUGUUGAAGAUCCGGCCUGGAUUAUGACUGUAAGGGGUCCACCUGGUGGAUUGUCUCCAACUAGCAAACAGGAAGCAAUUCCAGUCACAUCGACUUCACCACUAUCCUCGUCUCCGCCGCUCCAGUUUAAUGAUUUGCCAGCAUCCUCUGUGUCUUCCCUGGCUCAUUCUCCACCCAAAGAAAAUAAUGGUGUAGUUUUCAGAGAAAAAACAUCAUCGCCGACACGUCCAACAUCAGUAGCACCGCCGCCCCCAGUUGAGAACGAGAAACGAAAAGACUCUCGUCACAUGGAUCACAGAAAUUCAAGAGACAUGGACAUAUCUCCACGUUCUAGUGAACCCCAUACUAAUGGUGAUGAUCGACGGAUCUCCAGAGAGCUGACAGAUAUGAGAAUCGAAUCUGAAGAUCCCAGGAAUGACAGCGAUUGUCCAGACAGGAACGAAUUCAAUGACAGACGCCACAAUCGAGAAGUUCACCAUUCGAGGGAUAAUAAAUCAAGUUUGGUAGAUGGUCGUGAAAUAAGGCGGCCAGAACAUCGUCAAAGUUCCUCACACCCACAACCUCCAAGAACAAAGUCUCCUCCAGCUCCUGCCAGCACAUUAUCUGGUGUUGUCUUGCCACUUAUCUCUGAGCUUCAGCGCCGUCACCGACACUCUGGUCGAGGCGGGGAUUCCCACCGCACAGAUGCCAUCGAGGAACUCAAGUCAGCAUUCGAGUCGGCCGAGCGAUCAAGUCCUGGAGUUACCGAUGCAUUUAUCCGUGACUUGUUUUCAAAACUUGUUCCCAACAUGACAGAAGCAAGGAUCAGGCUGGCACACGAAAAUUUAAUGCGGUGAAAUUCUGGUACAGUGUUCAUUCGUGAAGACUGGAGAAACCUUUGACUACUUGUUGCUUAUCAGAUACUUAAUUUAUCUUACAGUAUGCAACAAUUAGAGCACCCAGAUAAAAGAAAGGCUAUAUACUUUAUCAUGACAGUGAAACUAUUGUGGAACAGGAACUAGUUAAUUCCAAGUGAAACCUUGCCCCUGUAUCUUGAAUAAUGUCUGUGAGUUCCAGUUUUCUUUCACUCUCUGGCCUGAGUGUCAUCCACCCAGGUGUUAGCAAUCAGUGAGGAAGGCACAAAGCUGACCACUCAGCUCUAGUCCCAUCUUGUGCAAUACAGUUUUUGGCACAUGUAACAAAUGGACAAAAAUUGAGGUGGGAAUAUUUAUUACAUUCUUUACAUUUUUUUUUUUUUUAUUUAUUGUUUAUAAUGAGCUUUUAACAAUAUGACUAGACUUUGAGGGAUCAGGGGACUUCUGUAGACAAUUGGAAAUCUGUUCCAUGUGAGAAAGAACAACAAUGAGCAACAUGGCAUUGUACAUAACCCACAACCUCAGUGCCUCUCAUGCAGUGUCUUGAUCAAUGACCAUAUACCGGUGGACAGAAUGCAGCAGUAGCCAGCUGCUGCUCGAUCAGUACCCAUACACAGGGCAUAGUGCAGCAGUAGCCAGCUGCUGCUCGAUCAGUACCCGUACAUGGGGCAUAGUGCAACAGCAGCCAGCUGUCGCUCGAUCAAUACCCAUACAUGAGACAUAGUACAGCAGCAUUUGGCUCUGCUUGAUUGAUGCCCAUAUGCCAGGUGGGCACAAUGCUGUUUGCUUAAUGCCCAAACACAAGUGGGCAGAUUACAGCAGUAGCUUGUAGCUCCCCACUAAUAGUAACAGAGAAAUUUUAAGCUAUACUCGUGUUUAUUAUGUAUGCUUACAAUUCAUUUUUUCUCAUGGUAAAAUAUUCCUUUAUGAUUCCAAAUUCUAGUGAACCAUUGAUAUAAUAUUGUAUGGGCAGAGGAGGUAAAGUACUUGUAUAGCUUUGUAUUAUACUAGUGUAUAUACCCUGUGCAAGUCAGUGAUUUUUAUGUGUGUGAAAUUUGUAUAUAUAGUACUUGUUCUAUUGUAAACAUGCUAAAUCAAAUUAGUUUGGGUGAUAGAGGUGGCCCACCCUCCUGAUCCAUAUCAUUACUUAAAUCAGGAGUUUUGUGAUUUUUUGUAGGAACACUUAACUUGGUCAAUUUAUUUUUAAGGGGUAAAAUUGUCUAGUGGGUUUAGGUUGAGCAUCAAUAGUCUUUUCAGGCAAGGAUACAAAGCUUAUUUUCAAUUUUCAUACAGAAUUUUCUUUAUAAUUUCAAGAAAGGCUUAAGAUGAGUGAGUUUGGAGUUUAAACAUAUAUGCAGAAUAAGCUUUUAUUGAGACAACUUCACUCUAUGUAGAGCUUCAUUAAGUAAGCUUUAUAUGUUAAUGGUAUAUAAAGCUGACACGUAGGUGAAUAAGAUACAUGUGCAACACUUGCGUAUCUUUAUUCUAGAGAUAUUCUCCCAAUCCAGGGGAGAGAAUAUUACUAGAGACAGUGGAAGAUGUUAGUACUGUAGCUUGAGGUACUGAAAGACUGGUCACUUUCAGCUAAUUCUUCCAGUCUUCUGUCAUCUGCAGUAUUAUUCUCUGUCUUGGCAAGUCACUGGUUAGCUAAGAUACGCAAGUGUUGGACAUGUCUUAUUCAUCUACAAGUCAGUCUUGAUAUAGCUCUACAGUCAGCCUUGAUACAGCUCUACAAGUCAUCCUUGAUACAGUUCUACAAGGAGCAAAACAUAAUCACAAAGAAAGCUUAUGUUUUGUAUAUAUUUUAUGACAUCCUGUGGGCAUGUCGCCCUUGUAUUAACGAAUGAAUGCCCUGGUCUCUGCCAUAUAUCCUUUUGUGAUACUUGCCCAUUAAUCAGCGGAUGAGCAUGACACAUGCAACAUUUAGGUAUCCUUGUUGAUGAGAUGUUUCUCUUGCUUAGGCUUCUUCAGUCAAAAUGCAGACAACCUAAUGAGAUGUAGAUGUUAGGUGAUCAGUCCCUCAUCCAUGAAGACUGGGGGAUUGAGUACCUUAUAUCUAUAUCUUAUGUUGUCUUCUGUAUUUAAAGAACACAAAGGCACAAUACCAUGACUGGAACAGUGCACAAAUAACCCACAUGUAGGAGAAGGAAACUCAUGACAAUUCUUUGGUCCAACCUGGACCAUUAACUAGUCAAACUAUGUAUACUGGCUCCCUUUCCUUCGUGUGUUAGUGUGACUAUUAAUGAUCCAAGUCAGACUGAAACAUCAUAGUUUCUUUCAGCUCUGGGGUGGGUUAUUUGUGUAUCCUCUGUAUUUAGACUAACAGUGCCUGCUGAGCAGGUAAAUCAUCUUGGCAUAGAUACCAAAUCUACCUGGAGGGUAUUCCGGGGAUCAACACCCCCACAGCCCAGUCCAUGACCAGGCCUCCCGGUGGAUAAAAAAAAAAAUGUGGAACACCUCACGAUUUUGCGUGAAGCAUUCCACCUGUACAUGCAUCUUGCUCACCUCCUUGUUGGUAUUGCAUACCAUUAUUAUAUUGAUACAUUAAUCAGUAGCCAAAGAUGUUACUAUUUAUUUCUUGUUAUAAGACACUCGCUUGAGGUGUCAAGACAUUGUAGGUUGUAUCCAAUUCUGAAUUGUUUUAUAUUCUAUGAUGCAAUUUUUGCCUUAAAAGACCCUAUAAAUUCCUACUUGAAACUGACAUUCCAGUACUGUUGAUAUUGUCUGAAUGAAAGUAGAGUUGAUUCACCUAGUCCUUGAUGCUGGUGAAGGGCUCUUGAUCCAGGGAAUUGGAUCAGACCCAGUUACUUCUUGUUCCCCAAGCUCUGUGAGCCCCCUGCAGGCUUAGCACUUUCCCAUGAAUAUAAUUAUAAUCACCUAAUCUUACCUUGGUAAUGUUACACUCAGCUUGCCGAAAUGUGCACACUUGCCUCGUGUGUGUAUGUUGUGUGUGUGUAAUAUACAUACAUAAACGUAUAUAACCAUGUGCACACAGCAAGUGUGAGGGAAGAGGAGUGACAAAAUAAAUGAAUGUGAUACACUUUUCAAAUGGAUAUUCACAAACUGCAUUUGUAGUCCUGUUUGUUAGUUGACAUCAGUCAGUUGUGUUUAAAAAAUCCUCUUCUUGAAACAUAAUCUGGUGUCCAUUUUGUUCAUAUGUAUAAUUUUGGAAAUGUCAGUGUGUGUGUAAAUUUGUAUAGUGUGUUUCAGUAGCAUAAUCUGUCACUGUGACUUGUGUUGAAAAUUUGUAUAUCCUGAGAAUGUAUUUAAAGUUUAAUUUCCACAUUAGUGCACCAAAACUGGGGGAUCUUAGUUAUGAAACAUUGAACAUCGCAGAAUGUUAUUUUGAAUAUAAAUAUAGUCACACCUCAUACAAAGCUCUUUAGCGAAUUUUUUUUUUAAAUUUGAUUGAAAGAGACCUGUACAUCCAAAAUUGAAUAGCACAUUGAAAACUCUUUUAUAGUAUGUGUGGUACCUGUUUCCAACUUUCGAAGGGUGUGCUCAAGCUCUUGGUCCUGUCUUUUUGUUCUGAUGUGAUUGAACCCAGUAAUAUCGAUUUUUGAACCCCCAUAUGUAGUCUGCUUGCAUUUUAUCAUUGCUGAGUUCAUUCUACUGGUUCAGCUCUUGGAGAGUGGAAGGGAAAGCAGUGUCUUGUUGCUGGUGUGAAAAAACUUUAAGGUAUCAUGCCCUUACUUGGAUCAAACUUAAUUAUCCCACUUAUAAUUCCCCAGGCUUGGUAGAGGUAUCCUGCCCUUGCUUGGAUCAAACUUAAUUAUCCCACUUAUAAUUCCCCAGGCUUGGUAGAGGUAUCCUGCCCUUGCUUGGAUCAAACUUAAUUAUCCCACUUAUAAUUCCCCAGGCUUGGUAGGACCACUACCGAACUUAGUGGUUGCUCAUAAACAUAAUAAUAAUAUACAGCCUCUCCUCACUUAGAGACAUACUCGUUUACCAACGACUCGGACUUACGACAGGCUCUCUGACCAGUAUGCAUACCUAAAUAAUGUAUAUUAGAGUUGAUUAAAUCUAUUCUAUUUAUUACAAUAUAUAUACACUACUGUAUAAACAUUUAAAAAUAUACUAAAAAUGUUAUAAAUGGUGCAAAUUUGACAUUAAAGCAGUAUGAAAGAUGGUUGACAUAAACCCACUACCAUUAUAGUAUGCUCCUCAUUUAGCGACGAAUUUGUUUACUGAUGCGGUCGUUAAGUGAGGAGAGGUUGUAAUUUAUACAGGGGAAGGGGUUACUAGCCCAUUGUUCCCAGUAGUUUAGUCGCCUCUUACGACACACAUGACUUAUGGAGAAAGGAUUCUUUUCCACUUCCCCAUGGAGAUGAAAUAAAUAAGAAUAUGUAGUGUGACCUAAAUGUAAGUAAAAGUAGCAAGAUGUACCUGAUAACUUGCAUGUACAGUCAUAAAUAUAACAACAUAACUGUGCCAGAAAUAGAGAUAUCAGGAGAACCAUGUAUGUUACAGUGUUGUGCAUAAAUUUUAUAUCUUGAAAAUGAUGAAUAGGAAAUACAACAGUGGGAAUUGCUGAUGCUUUCUAGAUUACAACACUACAAUAGAUAAAACCCUUGUAAGCUUAAACAAUAGAUAAAACAACAAAUAAGAAAAGAGGCGCAAUAUUGUGACUGGAACACACUAAUAACCCACACAUAGAGAAAGACUUAUGUGCCAGUUAUUUUUGUAUGAUAUAACAGCAAAUACUGAACAAGCUUUUAUUUUAAUACAAAAUUUUACUCAGGAUUCAGCUUCAUGAAGUCAAAAAAAAACCUAGACACUGUAGACUUUACAAGUUUGUUUUAAUUCUUUUUUAUUAACACAUUGGCGGUUUCCCACUGAGGCAGGGUAACCCGAAAACGAAUCACUCUUUCACGACCAUUUAUUGUGUCUUACCAGAGGUGUGUCUACACUACAGUUUAAAAACUGCAAUAUACCAUCACCCCUCUUUCAGAGCUCAGGCACUGAAGUUCAAGUUUGCUAUUCCUGGUUAACCAGGCAAACACCAGAGGCCAGCCCAGGGCUGGGCUGUGGGAGUAGGCAAACUCAGAAUUCAUCAAAGGUUUAAAGGUGAGGUGUACCCAGAGGCAGAUGUGGUCUAAAAUGUUGGCUUGCUCUGGACUGUACAUCCUUGGAAAAAUGGACACACACAUGCAGUAUAAUGUGAUGCUUUACUGACAAUUUUCUCCACACAGUGGUUUUAAUCAAGUCCUUAUACCAACAUGUAGUCUGGUUGCCCACUAAAUACAGCUGUCUAUGAUGUAAUACAGCCUCUCCUCACUUAACAACAAAGUUUCGUUCCUAAGACCACAUCAGUAAAUGAUUUUGUCGCUAAGUGACGAGCACAAUGUAAUGGUAGUGGGUUUGUUUCAACAGUCUUUGAUAUUGUUUUAAUGUCACCAUUGGACCAUUUAUAACAUUCCUGGUAUAUAUUUAAAUGUUUAUACAGUAGUGUACUGUAUAUUGUAAUAAACAGAAUAGAGGAAAUCAGCUCUAAUAUACAUUAUUUAAGUAUGCAUACUUGUUUGAGAGUCCGUCAUAAAUCCGAGUUAUCGGUAAACGAGCACAUUGCUAAGUGAGGAGAGGCUGUACUUUUUAAAUGAAAACUCUUGAUAUAAUUGACUAAUAGAGGGUAUUAUCUGAGUAUCCAUUUCAGUCAAAAAUAAUAAUAAGAAAAAUAACAAAAAAUGUGGUAGUGUACAAACAUUUUGCAUUUUUUUUUUUUAACAUGUUGGCUCUCUCCCACUGAGGCACGGUAACCCAAAAAAGUAAAAACAUUUUCACCAUCAUUCACACAUAAUCACUGUCUUUGCAUAGGCCUCCAAACAGCCAAUAUCCCAAACCCUUUCUUUAACCCGUAAACGGUCCAAACGUAUAAAUACGUUUUUUCAACAUUUAAAAGUAUGUAAAAAAAGUAGAUCUUUUUGUUUUUCUACAUUUGAAAAUGUGUAAAAAAACUUUGAUCUACUUUUUUUUUUUUGUUAUAUUUGAAAAUAUGUAAAAAAAAAAAUAGAUCUACUUUUGUAGCACUACACAUGUGAACGUAGAUCUGCUUGGACCGUUUACGGGUUAAAGUGCAGACACUACUUCCCACCUUCAGGACUCGGGUCCAGCUAACCAGUUUCCCUGAAUUCCUUCACAAAAUAUUACCCUGCUCACGCUCCAGUAAAUAUUGAAAAUAAUUUAGUUACACUACUAUAAACAUUAAAAAUAUAAUUUACCCAGUGGAUUUUGUGGAUUUUAUAAGUCUGUUAUACUGAGCUCUGUUGUCUCAGUCUGUUAUAUCAAGGUUUACUGUAUCUUGCUAGUCUAAAAUGAAUAAAUUAUAAUCAUGAGAAAUUAUUAGUACAGCAUUUAAAAGUUUAAUUCCUUAAAUAGCAUGUAAUAUCAGUCUUGAAAAAUGUCUGACUGGUAUAAUUCUUGAAAGGUUCCAGGGACACAUCUGUCAUUUAGGAUCCAAACCUUUUUAUAUUGCUUAUAUUUCACCAUUUUUUAAAACGGUUGGCCCUUGUGGUUUAGCGCUUCUUUUUUUAUUUUGAUUAUAAAACAGUAUUAGUGUUAAGGGUGGAGAUAUGUUGCAGUUUUUGAACUGUAGUAUCUGCAUGCCUCUGGCAAGACAGUGAUAGAGCAAAUGAUGGUGAAAUUUUUUUUUUUUUUUCUGGUGACUCCGCCUCAGUGGGAAACGGCCGAUGUGUUAAGAAAAAAAAGUGUGUUGCUAGAGGAAAUGUUCUGUGGGAUAGCAACAUUUUUAUGUUACAUGUAUUUUGAUCAUCUUGUGGCCUGUCGUAAAAAAGUUUUUUUUGUGUGUAUUACCUUGUUAUUUACAUUAAUGGGGAAGCAUUAAACCUGUAGGGUUCAUACAGUGUCUGGGUAUUGAAUGCAAUCACGUUUUAAGGAAGGGUAGGGUAGCUGCAACUGUUUAACUCAAGAGCCCCUCACCAGCAGCAAGGGUCAUACUUGUUAGUGACUUGACUUAUGCACGAUUUUAACAGCAAGAAAAAUACACAUUAAUUAUUCUAGGUUAGGUUACCCCAACCUAAAAAUAUGUGAAUCUAUGAAUAACUAUAAUGAACACUUGUCAGUGCUUACUAAUGUAAUCCACAUGAAGACAGAAACUCAAGAGAUUAAUUGAUCUGUAUAUUUUGACCCCUUUCUGGGAUCCCAGAGUGGGGUCAAAAUACACAGAUCAAUUAAUCUCCUGAAUUUCUGUCUCAAUGUGGGUUAUUAUUGAGCAUAUGAAUAUAUAUUUGACAGCAAACUUGCAAUAACAUAUAAAUUGGUGGCUAAUGUUUACAGCAGUGGGAACACUGUCUUUGCUCAAAGCUUUGGUAUACCCUUAGAGGACGGGAUGCAUACAAUUAGAUUAGCAAGUUGUGUAGACUCUGCGAGCACUAUACAAAUUUGUCGUCAUCAAUCAAUUUUAUUUCAGAUUUAGGUACUUUUGUUUUUCAAAAGAUUAUAUGUUUGUAAACAUUGCAAUAAUCUGGUUAUUAUUGAUGUUUAUGAGAAUGAAUCACAGUAAGAGAGAGAUUCUGUCAUGAAAUUCAUUGGUCUUUUUUGAAUGAAAUGGCAUAGUUAAUUUUCAGUAUUGGGUUUGUCUGUCAAGGCCAAAAAAAUUGUGAAUAGUUACAUAUAUCUAUAGGUUACUAUCAUUAAAAAAUGUUAAAUAAUGGAGUUCUGCCAAUAAGGAACAAUGUAAAUUUGAGGGUCCUAAAGUGAGUUAACCUGGUCAAUACAAUAUGUUUUGAUCUUCAGAGUUUGAGCAAAACUUUGUGGAUCCAAAAAAUCUUGUAUGUAAUUAUUGUUGCAGCGAGGAGAAGGCUGGAGGCAGUGGAGAUGUCAUGUCUGAGGGCAAUGUGUGGUGUGAAUAUAAUGCAGAGAAUUCGUAGUUUGGAAGUUAGGAGGAGGUGCGGGAUUACCAAAACUGUUGUCCAGAGGGCUGAGGAAGGGUUGUUGAGGUGGUUCGGACAUGUAGAGAGAAUGGAGCGAAACAGAAUGACUUCAAGAGUGUAUCAGUCUGUAGUGGAAGGAAGGCGGGGUAGGGGUCGGCCUAGGAAGGGUUGGAGGGAGGGGGUAAAGGAGGUUUUGUGUGCGAGGGGCUUGGACUUCCAGCAGGCAUGCGUGAGCGUGUUUGAUAGGAGUGAAUGGAGACAAAUGGUUUUUAAUACUUGACGUGCUGUUGGAGUGUGAGCAAAGUAACAUUUAUGAAGGGAUUCAGGGAAACCGGCAGGCCGGACUUGAGUCCUGGAGAUGGGAAGUACAGUGCCUGCACUCUGAAGGAGGGGUGUUAAUGUUGCAGUUUAAAAACUGUAGUGUAAAGCACCCUUCUGGCAAGACAGUGAUGGAGUGAAUGAUGGUGAAAGUUUUUCUUUUUCGGGCCACCCUGCCUUGGUGGGAAUCGGCCAGUGUGAUAAUAAAAAAUAAUAAAAUAAUUGAAGAUCAUCAGUCUUUACCAAGAAAAACUAAAAAUAUGGUAAUGGAGUCUCUUAAGCUAAUGAAGUUAAUAUAUUUAACAUAAAUUUUACCUUAUCUGUAGGUGGUUUUAAGGUUCUUUUUCCCAUAAAGUCUGGUCUGAGAUCUUCCUGCUGCUGUGAUUGCCUGUUUACCUAGACUGGGGGUCCCCAGUCUGAGCCCUGAGGGCCGCAUGUGGCCCUUUUAGGAAAGAGAUGCGGCCUUUGUGUGAAAUUAUGAAUUCACUUUUAUGUAGGUUCCACACUGCACAAUGUCAACAAUUACAAAAUAUUUAAAGCUGUUUGACACCAAAACCGUAUUAUCAUCUCUAACAACCACCUUCCACUUGGCUUUUCAAAUUAGUUCUCUCCUACUAAAAUGGCUGGGGACUACUGACCUAGACUGUUGGUGGAAGCAGGCUUCUGGCACACAUGUGUCAGUUUGGUUAAUGUGGCACUAGGCAGAGCCAUUGCUUCAGUUUCCUCUUGAAAACUUGCAGCUUGAAAUCUUGGGCCAUGAAUAUUCUUAGUGUUUUUGGUGUACAAUAAAAAUUUUGCUUGAAGAGGCAAAUUUUGAAGUGACUUUUUAAAAUUGCAUAUAGACAUGUUCAUAAUGAUAAACUAGGUAUCUCAUAGAGGUCAACAUUACAUGUCGAGUCAAUUAUUGCAUACAGGAGACAGCUCGCAUGUCUUGUGGUUAGGCUUCCAAUUUAUUAGUUUGUCCAUAUAAUGUAUUGCGAUGUUUAUCUGUGGUGAAAAUUUUUGACACUGGUAUACCCAAAGCUUUAAGCUUGAGCAGUAAAAGUCAGACUUGCAAUGUUGGGACUUUGCAACCAGUUGCUUAGUUAGAAUGCUGAUCUACAGUUACCAUUAGUGCAAAUAUUGAAACUAUUGUGUCUUUUUUACCAAAUGCAGUUAUACUGUGUAUAUACAUAUUAUGUAUGUAUAGAGAGCCCACAUUUUGUGUGGUCAAGAAUUAUAGAUUUAAUAUUUGCAAUUUGCUUAAGGAUGAAUUAUAAAUAUAUGUAUUCUUUUUUUUUUAAUCGAAUACAUUCAUACUCUGUGCAAGUUCAUGGUAUUCAUGUAUACAGGGCUCACACUUGUUUGAUAAAAAUUGGUCAAGAAUUAUUAUUUAUGAUUUUCUUAAGGCUGUUAUAAAUGUUUGUUUGGAGGGUUUUUACCAAAUGCAUUGGUAUUUUGUUUAUAGAGAUUUUAUGAUUGGUUGAGAACUAUGUUGAGUAGCAACACUGUGACUGCUGCCUGUGUGUUGGAUGACGUGGGUGAGGUGUAGAGCAGUGAGAGUUGAUGCCACGCAGUUAUCCAUACUACUACCCACCCUGUAUACCCAGCAUGUUGAACCCUUGCUAUAACAAUGAGGGAGUGGGGACAGUCAAGGUACCCACCUACACACCAUACAUGACAAAUUAUUAAGUGGUGUACCUAGAGGGCAUUUCAGGAGUUAACACCACUGUGGCCUUGUCCAUGACUAGGUGAGUAUAUGUAAAGAGUGAUGUCUUACUACAGUUUUCUCAAUAAAAAAUAAAUGCAGAUAAAAAAAAUUUGCCGCCAGUUGUGUAUCAGACUAAAAAGAUAAUGAAAGCAAAAGGUCAGGUGACUAGAUAUUGAUGUACUAUAUAAAUGAUUCAAAGAACCGACAAGUUGAUCAAUUACACACACAUGCAACACUUGGGUAUCAAUAAAGAUACCCAAGUGUUGCAUAUGUGUAAUUUAAAUAUUAAUGUCUUGUAUUUUCAAAGUUUCCUGGUAAUGCUUGAAAUGUUUUGUGUAUUUUAUGUAUCUUUCCAUUUUUUUUUUUUUUUUUUUUUUUUUUAGCAAAUUUUUCAGCAAAGACUGUAUAUAGAAAGAGUGGGAGUUUGGACUGAUAUAGAGGAGCAGGUUGCAAGUGAUACUAACUGUGGUGGAUGAAGAAGUGUGUUUUACCAUGACUAACGAUAACGGACAAUUCUGUAAACAUUAGACCUCAUUGUUUCUGAAUUGAUUGGCCCAGCAAAUUAUGUUCCGUAUUCCUGAAGUCUGUUAUAUAGAAUUUAAUUCCAUUUCAUUAUAUCAAGGGUUUACAGCGAGACGAUGAGACUUCUGGCCACCACACGUUUAGGUUAGUUCCAUGUAAUAAUUAACAUGUUUUUUUUAACAGCCAUCUUCCACUGAGGCAAGGUGACCCAAAAAAGAAGAGAAGAAAGUUUUUCUUUUUACAUUUAGUAAUUUAUGCAGAAGAAGGGGGUUACUAGCACCUUCUCGGGCAUUUUAGUCACCUCUUACAACAUGCAUGACUUUAGGAAGGAUUCUUCUCCACAUCCCCUAUGGAUUAACAUGUAUACAUGAAUGUAAAAACAUACUAUUGAAUACAGUAACUAUUUGUUAGUAAAAAGGAGUAGUGACUAAUUUUUUUUUUUUUUCAACAAGUCAGCCGUCUCCCACCGAGGCAGGGUGACUAAUAUAUUUUGUAAAUAAUCUUUUAUGAAGAGUAAAUGAAAUCACAAACCAUUCAUCACAAAUGAAAUUAGAUACAGAAUAUUAUGGUUUAGGAACACAGCUCUGAUUAUAAGAGAAGGAAAAGCAGGUUCAUUUUGGAAUACUCAACUUGUGAAUGUUGGGGCUCUGCUCUACCAUGGCUGCAGCAAAUUACAGUGGUACCUCGAGUUUCGAACAGCUCCCAACUCAAAGUUAUGUAAGUGUAUUUUUGUGGGUCUGAAAUGGACUAAUCUAUGUUAUUCCUUAUGGGAACAAAUUCAUUUGGUAUCUGCACUUGAACAGCCUUCUGGAACGAAUUAAGUUCGUAACUUGAGGUACCACUGUACAACAAACCCAAUCUCUAGUGAACAGACUUGAGACAAGGUAAUUGUAUGUCCUGGAGUAUCGUUAUUAUCAUCGAGAUAGAACUGAGAGAUCCCAAAGACCAGGCAUAUAUGUGUUUUUUGAUAAAAAAUUGAGCUACCUUUAAUGGAGAAAAAUAACCCAAUCUCUCAGUAUUUCAUAUUAGGUAAACAAGUGAUUUGUUGCAUAAUUGUCAAGUUUUUAAAGCAUUUUUAGGGAGUGUAAUGUUUUUAUUAUACCGUAGAACCCCCGGAUCCGGUUCUCGUGGUUUCAAUUUUCCAUGGUUUACUGUGACCCAAAAAUAACCCUUAAUUUUGCUUAAUAAUAGCCCCAACGUGCAAAAGUAGUGAUGCUGGCACUAAUUCAAAGUCUAAGAGAAGCCAUAAGUGCUUCCCGUCAGUGAAAAAGUGCUAAUUCUCGACUUGCUGUGCAGAAUUUAUCAACUUAAUCACAAGCACGUAAACAAAAAACGACACAUAGGGUUCGCUACUAUCCACAGUAGGUCUUGGAAUGUAUCACUUGCAGAUAGGGGGGGGACUAUUGUAAUUAGAUUAGGCCAGAAGUGACUUUACAAUCAUUUGUUGUAUGAACCAUGAUGUGUGUACGAGUUAGCUGUUGUAAUUUAAGUUUCAGCAUAACGUGAAAAUAGUAAAACACUGAAUAAUAUUUUAUGUUGCUGAUGCCUUUGCAUUUCUAACUCUGUUCCAGUGAAUACAAUAUUUAUUCCAUCUUGCAAGGUUUGGCCUUCUGGGAUUAUUCUUAAGAAGUUGUUUAUGUAAAUACUAUUAGCCCUUGCUCGUGUUAAUGCCAAUUAUUGUAAGUAAAUGAUUUAUCUUGUUGUAGGGAGGAUUGACUUUGUGAAGCAGAGUAGUCCUCCGAUAUUGUAUGUACAGUAUAUUGGUUGAUGAAUAAAUAUCUAGUAGAA